GGCCGUUUUGACGUGCGUGACGUCGUUUCCUUCCAACAUGGCGCAGGCAAGCUGCUAAUGGAAAACUGAGGGAUUUCCGUGUACAUUUUGCCCACCUUCCGUAUUUAUUUAUGUUUGUAUAUUAGGACCAUAUCGGUAGCGCUUUUUAAAAUACCGAUAGAUCAGGAGCCAUUUCUGCCCUUGGGACAGGCACUCCUCGCCCCAGUUCCAGCGCGUCAUGUAUGAAGGGAAAAAGACGAAAAACAUGUUUUUAACCCGAGCGCUGGAGAAGAUCUUAGCCGACAAGGAGGUGAAAAAGGCACACCAUUCUCAGUUGCGCAAAGCCUGUGAGGUGGCAUUGGAGGAAAUAAAAGAAGAGACAGAAAAAUUAAGCCCACCCCCUGGAGACAACAAAGCGGGUUCCAGCACUUUGCCGCCCGUCAAAUCAAAGACGAACUUCAUCGAGGCGGAUAAGUACUUCUUACCGUUUGAGUUGGCAUGCCAGUCCAAAUGCCCCCGCAUCGUCAGCACCUCCUUAGACUGUUUACAGAAGCUCAUCGCGUACGGCCACCUGACUGGCAGCGCUCCAGACAGCACCGCGCCGGGGAAGAAGCUGAUCGACAGGAUAAUCGAGACCAUCUGCGGCUGCUUCCAGGGCCCGCAGACGGACGAAGGCGUGCAGCUGCAGAUCAUUAAGGCUCUGCUGACGGCCGUGACCUCGCAGCACAUAGAGAUCCACGAGGGGACGGUGCUGCAGGCGGUCAGGACCUGCUACAACAUCUACCUGGCCAGCAAGAACCUCAUCAACCAGACCACGGCCAAGGCCACGCUCACGCAGAUGCUCAACGUCAUCUUCGCCCGAAUGGAGAACCAGGCACUUACAAAUCACAAGAUAAUAUGGUCUUUGGCCUCCAGAAAGCGAGAACGCCAGCUCCAGGAGGCCAGGCAGAUGGAGAAGGAGCGGCACAGACAGCAGCACCUCCAGCAGUCCCCGGGCAGCCAGCACGAGCCCGAAUCCCCCCAGCUCCGGCCCCAGAAGGACCCGCCGGCCAAGCAGCUACCUCAGGGGGCCGACGGGGCUCCCCUUCACCCCGCCAACAAGGCGCCGAAGGGCCCUCCCGCCGAGGACCCGGAGCCCGAGAACGGCUCCGAGUUCUGCAGCGCGGAGAACGAGCAGACCGAGGCCGACCAGGCCACUGCUGCAGCCGAGAGCUUAUCGAAGCAGGAGAACGAUGGUGUGGAGGAAGAAGAGGCACCGAAUUACGAGGAGAAGGCUCAAGAGAUAGUGCAGAGCAUCCUGCAGGAAGUGGUCAACACGGUAGUUGGAGACUCGAGGGAGGGCGCCGGGGGGGCGGAGAGCACCGAGGGCACGCCCACCUCCCUGGAGGAGGAAGGGGGCCUGGGCAGCGACAGCGAGAACGUACACGCCAACGGCAUCCCCGGCACGCCCAUCUCGGCCAGCUUCGCCCCGUCCCUGCCUGACGACCGGCUGUCCGUCUCGUCCAACGACACUCAGGAAUCUGGAGUGACGACUGGCCCCUCCCCCAGUGCUAAGUUCUCCCACAUUCUGCAGAAGGAUGCCUUUCUGGUUUUUCGAUCACUCUGCAAGCUCUCCAUGAAGCCGCUUACGGAUGGACCGCCUGAUCCAAAGUCUCAUGAGCUCCGGUCGAAGGUCCUGUCCCUCCAGCUGCUCCUGUCCAUCCUGCAGAACGCCGGGCCCAUCUUCAAGACCAACGAGAUGUUCAUCAACGCCAUCAAGCAGUACCUGUGCGUGGCGCUGUCCAAGAACGGCGUGUCGUCCGUCCCCGAGGUCUUCGAGCUCUCGCUGUCCAUAUUCCUCACCCUGCUGUCCAACUUCAAGACUCAUCUCAAGAUGCAAAUCGAGGUGUUUUUCAAAGAGAUAUUUCUGUAUAUUCUGGAAACGUCCACGAGUUCCUUUGACCAUAAAUGGAUGGUCAUACAGACCCUCACCAGAAUAUGUGCAGAUGCCCAGAGCGUGGUUGAUAUUUAUGUGAAUUAUGAUUGUGACUUGAAUGCUGCUAAUAUAUUUGAAAGGCUCGUGAACGACCUUUCCAAGAUUGCACAGGGCCGAGCUGGGCAUGAGCUUGGCAUGACUCCUGUUCAGGAGCUGAGCCUGAGGAAGAAAGGCCUGGAAUGUCUGGUGUCCAUUCUGAAGUGCAUGGUGGAGUGGAGCAAGGACCAGUACGUCAACCCCAACUCUCAGACCAGCCUCGGCCAGGAGAAGCCUUCAGAGCAGGAGACCAAUGAGACCAAACACCCAGAGACCAUUAACCGCUACGGGAGCAUCAACUCCUUGGACUCCACCGCCUCCUCGGGCAUCGGCAGCUACAGCACGCAGAUGUCCGGGACGGACAACCCCGAGCAGUUCGAGGUCCUCAAGCAGCAGAAGGAGAUCAUCGAGCAAGGCAUCGACCUGUUCAACAAAAAACCAAAGAGGGGCAUCCAGUACCUGCAAGAGCAAGGCAUGCUGGGCACCACCCCGGAAGACAUCGCCCAGUUCCUGCACCAGGAGGAGAGGCUAGAUUCUACUCAGGUAGGCGAAUUCCUCGGGGACAACGACCGCUUCAAUAAGGAGGUGAUGUACGCGUACGUGGACCAAAUGGACUUCCAGGGCAAGGACUUUGUGUCGGCCCUGCGCAUGUUCCUGGAGGGCUUCCGUCUCCCCGGCGAGGCCCAGAAGAUCGACCGGCUGAUGGAGAAGUUUGCUGCUAGAUAUUUGGAAUGCAACCAGGGGCAAACUCUGUUUGCGAGUGCAGACACUGCUUAUGUCCUUGCUUAUUCGAUCAUUAUGCUGACCACAGACCUGCACAGCCCCCAGGUGAAAAAUAAAAUGACUAAAGAGCAAUACAUAAAAAUGAACAGAGGGAUCAACGAUAGCAAAGACUUGCCUGAGGAAUACCUAUCAGCCAUCUACGACGAGAUUGCAGGAAAGAAGAUUUCAAUGAAGGAAACAAAAGAAUUAACCAUCAAAUCAAACAAGCAAAGCGUGGCCAGUGAGAAGCAGCGGCGGCUGCUGUACAACGUGGAGAUGGAGCAGAUGGCCAAGACGGCCAAGGCCCUGAUGGAGGCUGUGAGCCACGUGCAGGCGCCCUUCACCAGCGCCACACACCUGGAACACGUCAGGCCCAUGUUCAAGCUUGCUUGGACGCCCUUCCUGGCAGCCUUCAGCGUUGGCUUGCAGGACUGCGAUGACACAGAGGUGGCUUUCCUUUGUCUGGAGGGAAUUCGCUGUGCCAUUAGGAUAGCCUGCAUUUUCACCAUCCAGCUGGAGAGGGACGCGUACGUCCAGGCGCUGGCCAGGUUCACCCUGCUGACGGCCAGCUCCGGCAUCACCGAGAUGAAGCAGAAGAACAUCGACACCAUCAAGACGCUCAUCACGGUGGCCCACACGGACGGCAACUACCUGGGCAACUCCUGGCACGAGAUCCUGAAGUGCAUCAGCCAGCUGGAGCUGGCGCAGCUGAUCGGCACGGGCGUGAAGGCGCGCUACAUCUCAGGGACGGUGCGCGGGAAGGAGGGCCUCAUCACCGGCGCCAAGGAGCACACCUCCGACGAGUACCUGGGCCUGGUUGGUGGGAACGUCGAUCGCAAGCAGAUAGCGAAUAUACAGGAGUCGAUCGGGGAGACGAGCUCGCAGAGUGUGGUGGUCGCUGUCGACAGGAUAUUCACCGGGUCUACCAGGUUGGAUGGAAAUGCAAUCGUUGAUUUUGUGCGGUGGCUGUGCGCCGUGUCAAUGGAUGAACUGGCCUCCCCGACGCACCCGCGCAUGUUUAGCCUUCAAAAGAUAGUGGAGAUUUCCUACUACAACAUGGGCCGCAUCAGGCUGCAGUGGUCAAGGAUCUGGGAAGUCAUCGGGGAUCAUUUCAACAAGGUGGGAUGUAACCCCAACGAGGAUGUAGCCAUUUUUGCUGUGGACUCACUCAGGCAGCUGUCCAUGAAGUUUUUAGAGAAGGGAGAGCUUGCCAACUUUAGAUUCCAGAAGGAUUUCUUGAGGCCUUUUGAACAUAUCAUGAAAAAGAAUCGGUCCCCUACGAUCCGGGACAUGGUGGUGCGCUGCAUCGCGCAGAUGGUGAACUCCCAGGCGGGGAACAUCCGCUCGGGCUGGAAGAACAUCUUCUCCGUCUUCCACCUGGCCGCCUCCGACCAGGACGAGAGCAUCGUGGAGCUGGCCUUCCAGACCACCGGCCACAUCGUCACGAAUGUAUUUGAGAAGCACUUCCCCGCCACCAUCGACUCCUUCCAGGAUGCAGUCAAGUGUCUGUCAGAGUUCGCCUGCAACGCCUCCUUCCCCGACACCAGCAUGGAGGCCAUCCGCCUGAUCCGUCACUGUGCCAAAUACGUGUCUGACCGGCCCCAGGCCUUCAAAGACUACACCAGCGAUGACAUGAAUGUAGCCCCAGAGGACCGGGUAUGGGUGCGAGGCUGGUUCCCCAUCCUGUUCGAGCUGUCCUGCAUCAUCAACAGGUGUAAGCUGGACGUGAGAACAAGGGGCUUGACCGUGAUGUUUGAGGUCAUGAAGACAUACGGUCACACCUAUGAGAAGCACUGGUGGCAGGACCUGUUCAGGAUCGUGUUCAGAAUCUUCGACAACAUGAAGCUGCCGGAGCAGCAGACAGAGAAAGCAGAGUGGAUGACCACGACCUGCAACCACGCACUUUACGCCAUCUGCGACGUCUUCACCCAGUACUUUGAGUCGCUCAGCGACGUCCUGCUCGACGACAUCCUCUCCCAGCUGUACUGGUGCGUGCAGCAAGACAAUGAGCAGCUGGCCCGCUCAGGCACAAACUGCCUGGAGAAUGUGGUCAUUCUCAAUGGAGAGAAGUUCACCCCUGAGACCUGGGACAAAACGUGCAACUGUAUGCUGGACAUCUUCAAAACCACAAUCCCACACAUGCUUCUAACAUGGAGGCCAGCGGGGACAGACGGUGACCACACCAGUCAGCUGGACGUGUCAGAUAAGCAGCUGGACUCAAUCUCCCAGAAGUCCCUUGACAUCCAGUCACGGGCGGAGGACCAGCAGUCAAUAUGCAGUGUGGAGAACCGCUCCUUGGAGAACCGGCGGCAGAGUCAGUUCAGCGUUGGCUCAGGCACUUACGAGGACGGCCCCAGAGCCAGGACCCCGACGAAGGUGCAGGAGCAGAGGCUCUUCGCUGCCCUGCUCAUCAAGUGUGUGGUCCAGCUGGAGCUCAUCCAGACCAUCGACAACAUCGUCUUCUUCCCCGCCACCAGCAAGAAGGAGGACGCCGAGAACUUCGCCGCUGCCCAGAGGGACACGCUGGAGGUGGACGUGCACGUGGACACGCAGGACCAGGGCAUGUACCGCUACCUGACCUCCGAGCAGCUCUUCAAGCUGCUGGACUGCCUGCUGGAGUCCCACCGCUUCGCCAAGGCCUUCAACUCCAACAACGAGCAGAGGACGGUGCUCUGGAAGGCCGGCUUCAAAGGGAAGUCCAAGCCCAACCUGCUGAAGCAGGAGACGAGCAGCCUGGCGUGCGGCCUGCGCAUCCUCUUCCGCAUGUACACCGACCAGAGCCGGCAGGCCGCCUGGGAGGAGGUGCAGAAACGGCUGCUCAAUGUCUGCAGCGAGGCUAUUGGCUACUUCCUGACGCUGACAUCGGAGAGCCACCGAGAGGCCUGGACCAACCUCCUCCUCCUCUUCCUCACCAAGGUGUUGAAGAUCAGUGACGACAGGUUCAAGGCCCACGCCUCCAGGUACUACCCCCUGCUGUGCGAGAUCAUGCAGUUUGACCUGAUCCCAGAGCUGCGGGCCACGCUGCGCAAGUUCUACCUGCGCAUCGGGACCGUCUUCAACAUAUCUCAGCCGCUGGGCUCGGUGCAGGAGCAGCCGGAGGAGCAGCCGAAGGAGCAGCCGGAGGAGGAGCAGCAGGAGGAGCAGGAGCGGGAGCAGCAGGAGCGGGCGGCUGCUUCUCAGUGACCCCGCCCACCGCGGCAGGCCGGCGUGCCGCAUCAGCACCUCCGACCUCCAGGGGGCGGUGCCACCCCGGAGGCCUCCUUUCUGUCUGUCUGUCUGUCUGUUUGUCCUCCUGAAAAAGGUCUGGUGUGUAUGGUGAAGUCUUGUCCUUCGGAAGGGCACUAGGGAUGCUUUGAACUGACUUUGAAAACCCCCCCCCCCCCUCCCCUUCUGCCCCCCCAGCUGGCGCUGGCAGCACCCCAGCGAGCCCCACUGGACGGUACUGGAAGCUCUUCCGGGGGUCUCGCUGCGUACGGGAGUAAGGGGGGGGAGGGGCCGGGAGGCUCGGGGCCACGCCUUGUACAGUAGGAUCAUACUCUACAGGAUUAUACUGAUGAUUAUAACGAUGAGAAUAUUUAAUUACUUUCUAACCUUCUGAGUGUUCAGAAGCCUAGUAUUUCAAAAGAGCGUGUGUUCCCUGCUAUCCCGUGACUUUAUCUCAGCAAGCUGUCUGAAGAAGUGAAACUAUUUCAAGCAAACCCGAUGAUCAAUUAGUGCAAAUGAAGAGUAAUGUUUGUGACUUGAUUUUUUUUGUUUGUUUGUUUUGUUUUUCCUUUUGCACAGCCGACUGCUAACGUUAAGCAUCGACAGACCCUCGGAUGAAACUAGUUGUACAGAAAAAGCAGCUUUGUAAUAUAAUCUCAUAACACUAAACAUUGUUUCUGGCAAUGAUUUUAUUUUCUGUAAUUCGUUGUUUUUUUUGUUUCUCUGAAUCUGCUGCACACGUUUCAUUUGCAGAAUGCACUGGGGAUUUUUACUUUUUGUGAGAGUUUUUAUUUAACUUUACCGUUGCUCGUUGGGAUUGUCCGGUGAGGGCUUGUGGUCAGUUUGAUGCAAGAGAAGCUGUUGAAAGGAGAGAGUAAAAUGAUUCCAUUUUAUAUGUACAGAGGCUUUUAUUUAAGUUAAAGUGAAAACCAGCCAGUGACUGGGAUGCUCUUAAAACUGGAGACAACAAUGCAAACUAAUCUGAACUGCAUCUGAAUCGUCCGUUUCCAUGUUUGAUGUAGGUUUCACUGUAUGUGCACAAAAUUUAAAAUGGUUAAAUAUAUUAAAAAUUAGGCUUUUUUUUUUUCCUUUGCUCGGAGAUUUACCGGAUGUAUUAAAAAUAUGAAUAAUAUUCAUUGCUUUGCAUUUUGAUGGUGAAGUAUGGAUCUCAAUGGGUCUGAAGCAUUCCUGGUCACAGUAGAAAACUAAUGGACAAAAUGUAUAUGGUACAGCAAUGUAAAGUUUUCUAUGUUGAGAAAAAAAAAAAUCUGUACAACUUUCUGUACAUGACUGGUUAUCAUCCGACACAUUUUAAUCAGGUCAUAGGUCAAUAAAGUUUUUGAACUCUGUU